GAUAAAAAUUGAAGGAUCCUUAGGAACUUCGCUCUUGGCAAAUUCUCAUUGUCUCGAGAAUUCACAAAAUUGCUUAUUUGUAUGACAAGUGCCGGUAUUCCUGUGUCGGUAUGCGUUUAAUUCGGACAUCGAUCCAUCGCACCCGUGGCAACGAAAAUUACGGUGCGAGGAGACGCCUGGUAGAAAAUCCGUCGUACCGUCUCUUCCUCGAUUUCUCUUCCCUCCCUUUCUCUUCACUGUUUCUUCGUGCCUCUCUCUCCACACCGAAACAAAUCCAAGUUCCGGAGCUCGUGAGUGCCCUCGUUUUAUACUUUCGUUGCGAUACUUUCGUCGCGUUUACUCCCAACGUACAAUUGAUUCGACUAUUAAAUUCUCGGUCGUCAUGCCAAGAGUAUCGAGUACAACUGGUCUUAUAGCAGCACGUGUUAGACGCGUUUGCAAACCCGAGCCAAAGAAAAUCGAAUUGAUCGGAUCCAGUAAACCGGCUCCUUUCACACUUCGACCAUUCGCUGGACUUUUUAAUCCAUUUCCCUACGGAUGUUCGGUUUUGUGCAAUCAUCCCGCGGAUGGGGAAGCCAAAGAAUUCGUGCGGAGGGCAAAGGAAUCAUGGGCCACAGAAGGAAAAGCACUCCUUUUACCCGCCGAGAUGGAAAUGAUCCGCGCGACUCUUUUGGCUGGUGGUGUUGACCCCGAUGGUCCUGGAGGAACUGAAGGGAACGCGCCUAACGUGGAAGCGACGACGACGGUGCCCGAGGAAUUGUUCCGGAAGUACACGGAAACGGACUCGAGACCAUUGACUCCAGCUCCGACUUUGGCCAGUGGACCGCUCACCGCUCAUCGUCUUAGUAACGACGAACAACCAGCUACGUGUAAUCCACGUGAACGAACAACUUUGAUUCUUGAUUUGAGAACGAGCUCCCAAGAACAAGAUAAUGAGACACUCAGUUGGCACGCGUUGACUCUCGAGCGUCAACCAACACCUCGUAGAAGUGAGAUUACGAGACCGAGCGUUGCUCAACAUCAAACGAGGCCCAUUGUACCUCCACCACCGUCACCUGCUCUGCCAGUUAUCGAACUCAGCGACCAGGGAUCUUCAAAAAACGACGAAGGCGAUGAUAACAGCGACAGUGAUGACGAAUUACCGAUGCGAAGACGCGGUAAACGUCUGAGAAAACGGAAAUGUCGUCGCGGCUCGACUUACGGUCAGCAGAAUGAAGUCCGAGAUCCGCCAGAACCUCCAGAAACUCAAGUUUCUCAAGUCGAUGACGAAAGUCGACGGAAUUCAGCCUUCGUAGCCACUGGCGAAGCGACCGAGGUCAAGACGCCACCACCGGAAAAACAGACUAUUCAAAUUCAGGAGCGUAUUUUCCCAUCGAGCUUCAUCAGUCCAGAAAUUCUUAAACAUUUGAGUCGAGAAUUGGACAGAGAUUUGAUCGAGGAAGAAUUCUCUCUGAGGAGGAGACUCGCUCUCGAGGAGGCUUGGCGUGUCAGGGGUGAAUUCCACUCGGUAAAUCGGGGUCCUCGACAAUCGACAAACAUUCAGGUGCCGUUACAAAAUACUCCGAGAAUGUUUUCUCGGCAAAGUGCGCGAUUUGAAAUUCUCGACAGCGCGAGUUUGGCAGAUUUGACGCCGUUGAGUUAUCUUGGAAAGCACGUUUCGCUGACUUCCGGAAGGAAAUUGAUUUACGGUCGUGCAUUCAGCCGUUAUUACGAGGAAGGAAUGGACGGAUUGAGAAUAAUUCAAGCGAAUGAUGUGAACGACGGGCUUGAUGAAAUUCUUGGUAAGCCAAUGAGGGAGGAUGAAAAAUUACGGUUGACGGAGGCGAUUGGUCCGAUCGUCGAAUCGUUGAAUUUUCGUACUUGGUGCGGGUUGUGCGCGGCUGUUGAGAGAUUGAUAGCUCCGCUGCCGUCCAGAGAUAUCGAUCCACCGGAAUGGCUUGAGAGAGCGGAUUUCGGCGCGCUUGAGAGAAGAAUUCGCUCUAUUGAUAUCGAUCCAACGUUAGCUCGACUGUUGAGGGAAAUUCGAGAUCGUUAGAAAAUUUCUUUUAGCACUGCAAUUUGCAUUAUUGUUAAGAAAGUAUUUACCUAAUUAUUAUUUUUUAAAUGAAAAAUACCUGAAACUCGAUAAACAGUACAUGUCCGUACAGUAAAAUGAAAACUUCGAUAAAUAUCGCAUAUUUUUGUUUUAUUGCUCGGUCGAACUGCGCGGUGUCAGCCCGAGCUUACACAGUUAUAACAAUAUUCAGUUUUUUGUUGUUGUAUUUUUCUUGUUUUCGUUUCUGUUCGUUAUUUUGGUAAUGAUUUUUUAAUCUUCCUGUCAAUAGUAUACAAACGGCCGUUUUAUUAUUAUGUAUUCAUUGAUUUUCACGAUCGGUGAGAUUCUAACACAAUAGUAAACGUAAUAAAUAAUGGAUUUGUUCCUUCCUCUCUCUCUCUC